UCGCCUGGUUUGCUCUCGGUGUCUUUCUGCUGUUCUGAAGUUUACCUCUCAGGUCUGUCUAAUGAGCUCAGACGAUUUAAAAAGUUUGUGAGAGAGAUGAGCGGACAGACGGUCCCUGCGGACUUUUCAGGACACAUGUUGGACCUGGAUGAGGACGAAGACCUGGAAGUUUUCAGCAAGAACACAUCCCUGGCAGAUGGAAGUCCCAUUCCUAACUCUCCCAGCUCCAUGGUCAACCAGUACAGACUGGAGGAGGAGCAGGAGGAGCAGCCGGAUGCCAACACCAAAGACAUCUUCGUCACUGUUGAUAACCCAGAGAGCCAUGUUACUGCCAUCGAAACCUUCAUCAUGUACAGGGUUGUAACCAAGACCACACGGAGCGAGUUUGACUCCAGUGAGUAUGAGGUACGCCGGCGCUACCAGGACUUCUUGUGGCUCCGAAGCAGAUUAGAAGAAACCCACCCUACACUCAUCAUCCACCCGCUGCCAGAGAAGUUUGUGAUGAAAGGCAUGGUGGAGCGCUUUAACGAUGACUUCAUCGAGACCAGAAGGAGCGCUCUGCACCGCUUCCUCAACAAGAUCUCUGAACAUCCCAUACUGUCCUAUAGCCAGCACUUCAAAGUCUUCCUCACUGCACAGGACUUAUUGUCUCUCAGGAAACAAGGCCCAGGCUUCCUGACCCGGAUGGGAGAGACAGUGAGGGCGGUGGCCAACUCAGUACGAGGCCUGAGGAACCGGCCAGAGGAGUUUACUCUGAUGCAGGAGUAUGUGGAGGACUUCAGCAACAAAGUCUGCUCUGUGGACAAAGUCACCCAGAGGAUCAUCAAGGAACAGAAAGAGUAUCUGGAUGAACUAAAGCAGUACAGUCCCACCUACACCCAGUGGGCAGAAUCAGAGGGGGAGCUGGCGGAGCCACUGAAGGGUGUGGCCAACUGUGUGGAGCGAUGUAGUAAGGAAACAGAAGAGCAGAUCCACCAUCUGUCUCAAGUCCUUGUCCCAGUCCUACACGAGUACGUCCUCUGUGCUGAGACCCUGAAGGUUGUGAUGCGACGGAGAGACAACAUCCAGUCUGAGUUUGAAGCCAAGAAUGAGGCCCUGGCGUCCAGAAAAGUCGACCAAGAAGCACUGCAGGAGGAAGUGGAUGCUCUGGCGGACCGGGUGGAGCUGGCCAACAACGCCUUGAAGGGAGACUGGUCCCGCUGGCAGAACAGCAUGAGAACUGACCUCAAAUCAGCAUUUAUAUCCAAUGCUGAGAAGAAUGUGGAGUACUAUGAGAAGUGCCUGGCUGUGUGGGAGUCAUUCCUUCUGUCUCAGAGAGUGGAGCCCAGCAAGCAGAGAGAUGAGGAAGACCCAUCUUAAAGUGUGAGGAUGAUCGAAACGUGGCGAUCACCUCCUCUUUCCAAAUGACAUGAAGCAACACCCUCUGUUGUCUGCCCAACACAUCCAAAUAAACACUUUGAACCAA